AUGGUUAAUACUCUUAUUGAUUUGAAAUGUUUCACUAGAAAGUUAAAUCUAAAGGUUUGGUUCAACCAGCCGAGUGACCAGGGCAUUAGUAUCAAUGAAGGUUUUAGAAAGCCUAGCACCUUUAAUCCCCCUUUGAACAACGUGAUUGGAUUAUUUGAAAAAAAUUGUGAAAAAGACAUUAGACAAAUGUAUAUUACCAACAAAACUAGGAAUCAGGAAAAGAUAUUCAAUAUGACCAAAGAAGAACAACAGUUAUUGGCAGAUUUAACCAGCCAUACCACUAUCCGGUUCAUGAAACCGGACAAGGGUAAUGGUGUAGUCAUUAUGGAGAAGGGUGACUACCUUGAUGCAAUGAACUACUUGCUGCUGGAUGACACCUAUGAAGAGAGUUCUUUGAAUGAAAUUAAGGUGACAUACCGUAAGAUAGACUUGUUACUAGAUGAUAUGUUAUAUCAGGGUCAGAUUGAUGAAAAAGAAUAUUUUUAUAUGAAAAAUGAGCAUCCCAUGGUUUCCAACAUCUUUGGGAUUCCCAAAAUCCACAAGGGCCUAAUUAACCCUAAAUUUAGGCCUAUCAUGGAUGGGAUGGCAAGAGGUCCAAGAUAUGCUUUAUUAGUAAAUACUUGGACCAAAACAUGCAAAAAUGUUUGGAGAAUGAACCGCAAGACCUUGACCAUUCCACUCAUCCUUGUUUCUAUAUUACAACUGGCUUGUUCGCUUCACAUAUGUGCCUUCAACAUAAAAGCUUUUGGCGAUGCUAAAAUGUCAGAUCCUGCUAUUGCUAACAGCAUUGUAAAUAUUGUGAUCAGGUGUGAUAUUGCCCUAAUUCAGGAAGUCAGAGACACUGACCUCACUGCUGUAAAGCAACUAGUUCAGAAACUUAACAGUGUAUCACUGACACCUUAUUCAUAUGUGGUGAGUGAUCCUCUUGGCCGAAGCACCUAUAAAGAGCAAUAUCUCUUUGUUUACAGGACUCAGGCUGUGGCCGUCACCGGUGACUACCAUUAUGAUGAUGGGUGUGAACCCUGUGGAACAGACACCUUUAAUCGAGAGCCAUACGUUGUGAAGUUUUUACCUCUGAACUCAGCUUCUCCAGAGUUUGUAAUAGUACCACAGCAUACAUCCCCUGAUGAGGCUGUGCAGGAAAUAGAUGCCCUGUAUGAUGUUGUUCUUGACAUCCAGGACAAAUGGAAAACAAAUAACAUUCUUCUAAUGGGAGAUUUUAAUGCUGGUUGCUCUUACGUCAAACCCAGUGACUGGAAUAGCAUUCGUCUUCGUACUGACUCUCAGUUUAAAUGGCUUAUUCCAGAUGAUGCUGAUACUACUGUUUCAUAUUCAACUAGCUGUGCCUAUGACAGGAUUGUUGUCAGUGGUACUGCCUUAAUAAACUCUGUAGUUUCCGGCUCUGCUGUUGUUUUCAACUUUGAAUCUGCUUUAGGGAUCGGCAACAGUGAGGCCCUAGCAGUUAGUGAUCAUUAUCCUGUUGAAGUACAUCUUCAUUAA